CAACUGUGAACGCUGCCACACAGUGAGAAUGAAGAUCACUGCAACUUUCCUGCUGCUGCUGCUGGUGGUCUGUUCAGUCUCUACGGGCGAUGUAUCCAAAUACCAACAACCCGAUCUGCAAGACAUCCAUGCUGUGCUGAGAGAGAUGACCGCCUCGCUUACUAAACAGAGGAUUGAGACAAGACUGUUGCAAAGACAGAAUGAAGAACAAGCAGCAAAGCUGAAAGAGCUGACGACUGAAGUGAACGAACUGAGGCCACAGCUGCAAGAAAAACAGGUGGCUUUCUCAGCGGCUCUGGUGUCCUCAGGUGAUGUGACUAUCGGACCCUUUCCUAAACACACCGUGCUGAUCUUCAAACACGUCACCACAAACAUUGGAAAUGCCUACAACCCACACACAGGUAUUUUCACUGCACCGGUGAGAGGAGCCUACCACUUUGUGUGGUACGUAGGUGUAAAUGGAGCAACUAAUCAUGCUGCAGCGGCUGAGUUGGUGAAGAACUCUGAGCACAUUAAUCUUGCAUGGGAGCAACAGACGAACCAUUAUGGGACAGGCUCUAAUGGUGUUGACCUGCUGCUAGAGGUUGGAGAUGUUGUGUUUGUACGUCUGUGGGCUAACACAAAGGUGUCUGACAACUGGUUUCAUCAUGUCACCUUCACUGGUCAUCUGAUUUUCACCAUGUAA